CGCAUGAGUCACUGACCGCGUUGGUUUAGCGGCAUAGCCACGCAUCAACGGCGGCGACAAGCCCCUCUACUAGCCUGUGCCCAGGUGUUUGUUCACUCAUAUAAGUCACCUGGGGCUGGGCCAACAUACGCGAUUCACUAUCUGCUCUUGUCUUGUCAAGCUCGCUCUCAUCGUCCCUCAGGCUUGCCGGCGUGUCAUCUCAAUAAACUCAUCAUGGCCAACAGUCAGAUUGUCGGCACUCUGGACUCUUGGGAGGCCAAUGCCGCCUUUUGGGACGCGGGCAUGGGCGCCAACGGGAACGAGUACUGGAAUCUUCUACAGAAGCCGUAUUUGCAGAAACUCAUCCCCGUUGACGAGGAGCAUCCCGAGCGAACGCGCAUCCUGGAUCUUGCCACAGGCAAUGGCAUGGCAUCGCGAUUCCUUGCGCGUCGCGGCGCUAGCCUCGUCGCUACCGAUGGCUCCAAAGAGAUGCUCAAGUACUGUCGUCAGCGUUGCGCCGAGGAGGGAGCCACGGGAAUGCAGUUCCAGGAGCUUGACGUGACAAAACCCGAGGACUUUGAGAGCCUGCUUGCGUCGCCGCUCGCGGUCGGUGGCUUCGACGUUGUGCUCAUCAACAUGGCCAUCAUGGAUAUUGAGACUCUUGAGCCGCUCGCCGAUGCGCUGCCAAAACUGCUGAAGCCCAACGGCAUCUUCGUCGCGACGAUGCUGCAUCCCGUCUUCUUCACGUCGCGCGCGAACCGCAUCAUCGAGGUGCUAACCGAUCCCGCCACCGGCGAAUAUUAUAAUGUCCGCGGCAGGGUCGUGCGCGAGUACAUGAAGGUUGAACCCUGGCGUGGCGUCGCCGUCAAUGGCCAGCCCGCGCAUCAGGUAAUCAUGUCGUAGCUCCAGUUCUGUCGCGUAUUGUUCUCCCGAAGAGACUGUCUAGCUAACUCCUGUAGAUUUACUUUCACCGCCCUCUUCACGAGCUUUUCGCGACCUUUUUCAAGCGAGGCCUCGUCAUGGACGGCCUGGAAGAACCGACCUUCACCGACGAUCACCCUGAGGUGAAACAGCAGGGAAGGCCAGAGUCGUCACGCAACUACACGCAGAUACCCCCCAUCAUGGCUUUUCGCUUCCGGAAGUUGAACUAGACACCCAGCAGGCUAGAUAAGUGCGUUGAUUGACAAACAAGAGUAUGAGCUACAUUAAAUACACUAGA